GUGGUCAAACACUGCAACAGGCUUCCUAGAGAGGUGGUAAAUGCCCCAGGCAUGUCAGUGUUUAAGAGGCAUUUGAACUCUGUCCUUAAUAAUAUGCUUUAGCUUUUGGUCAGCCCUGAAGUGAGCAGGUCAUCAACUGGGCUAGGUGAUUAUUGUACACCCCCUCCAACUGGACUGUUCUAUUCUAAGGUGGGUUUUUUAGUUGGUUUGUUUUGGGGGUUUUUUUGUUGUUUUUUUUUUUUCCUACAGUCUGUCUCUGUUUUGAGAUGACAGGAGAGAUUGCCAUUUACAGUUUGGUGUACAAUGUCACAUUGUCCUGCUUCUGUUAUCAGAGGGCAGGCCAAGCCGUCUGCUAGUGAGUCAUCUUCUGGUGUACCCAAUGUUCGUUAGUCACAUCCGUAUUUGCCAAUACAUGUCACUCUCUUAACCUAGGCUCUAUUGUGUCCAGGUGAAGCAGGUGAUUGGGAAAAGCCCAGGGGGUUGCCAAAGGUAAAUCACGUCACUAACCUGACCACCUUUUGCAACAAAAUACCAUUUUAUGUCAACGUGGGGAGAGCAGUGGAUGUUGUUUGCCAGGAUGUGAGCAAAGCAUCCCACACUCCUUCCCACAGCCUUCUGGACAAGCUGGCAAGGCAGAGCCUGGGUGGGGGUCUGUGAGAUGGGCUGGAAACUGGCUCACCAGCUGUGCUGAGAGGGUGGUGAUCAGUGGGGUUUACUCCAGUCUACUGGUUUGGGAGGCCUCACCAGACUCCAUGAGACUAGGGAACAUGGUUGCUUUACCCACUAGUUGUCUUCUCCAUUAGCUGCUUUGCAGUGAUUUCUGCUCUUCCACUGUGCAGUGAAACAGAUGUUCCAUCCAGAGCCUUUUUCUUGGAAGAAAAUCAUUUUAUAGUCUUUUUUUCUUCUGUUUUUAGCCAGAACACUGUCUCUACAGGGCUGCAAGCUGUUGAAUUGCAUUAAGGGUGAUGGCUUACGCUCAGCAUUGUGUUUCAACACCCUUCACAAUACAGUUCUAAGGUCACAACUCUCUCAACUGGGCCACACGGAUGCUUUUAACAGAAAUACCUCUGUAAUGCAAUCUCCAGUGCCAGUGUCUAGGCCCACCCUCGGGUCUCUUCCCUUCAGCUCCCUCCUUCUCUCUGGUAUGGGUGCACUCCCCACCCCUCCCUUCAUUUCUCAGGACUGCUCAGAGAGGAGCUGAUGAAGCAGAGUGAACAAUGCCAUCAUUACCAAAGAGAAGACAGACUGUGAAAUGCAGUCAGCCUGUGCUGCUUGUGUAUCAGGUGAUGCAAAAAUAUGGAAAAUCCAUGAUGUUGUUAGAGAAGAAAUGUACAGGAUUUGCUUUCUGCCAAGUUAAGCUGAUGCAGCUUGUUCUUUCCGGAUCAGGCUGUUUAUAUUCUCUGCCUUUUUCCUAUGCCAUUCUUUCUCUUUUUUUUUUUUUUUUUUUCCCCCCAAACCACUGACCAUAAUUGUUUAAAAUACAGGCUUUACAUGUGAAUGGUUCUUUUUGGGAAGCGGAACUUUCCAUACUGCUUUUUUUCAACUACAUAUGGAGUGCUAGGGAGGGAGUCAGGGCUGACAGACAACCUAGUGCUGUGGCCAGGGAAAUUCUGGCACAGCUACUUUUAGCCAUCUUCUUUACACAUGAAGAUCCUUAAGCUCAAUGUAAGUUUACCAUUCCAGCUAAACAAUAGAGCACUUACCCUGAGGGACUAGAAGGGAGGAGUUAUCGGAGUGUUAUUUUACAGUAUCUUUUCUAGAGCUUAAACACCAGUAUUAUCCUUCUCUUCCAUGUUCUCAAUGAUGCUUUCAAAUAUAGGUUCACUGUUUUAUAUAGGAGGGAGAGUCAGGGUGGGUACCUAUAUGUGUGGGGGGGUAUUUUUGUAAAGCAGCAUGGUGGUUGGAAUUUCUUGUCCAAAAUUCUAUUUUUUCUAGGACUGACGUAACUAUUAGAAUGAUGUGGGUGUGGUUGCUUGAUGCUUUGAGGCAGCUGUUUUCUGGCACAGUGAGGAAGCAUUUGACUCUUUGUACUGGUUUUGGCUGGGAUAGAGUUAAUUUUAAUCAUCGUAGCUGGUAUAAAGCUGUGUUUUGGAUCUGUGACCGGUGUUGAUAGCACAGGGAUGUUGUAGCUGUUGCUGAGCAGUGCUUGCACAGCAUCGAGGUCUUUUCUGCUUCUCACCCUGCCCCACCAGUUGUGCAAGGGGUUGUGCAAGAAGCUGGGAGGGGACACAGCUGGGGACAGCUGACCCCAACUGACCUAAGGGAUAUCCCAUAGCAUGGGACGCGCUCAGCCAUAAAAGCUGGGGAGAGGAGGAGGAAGGGGGGGUUUAGCGUUACAGCAUCUGUCUUCCCAAGUCACUGUUGUGUGUGAUGGAGCCCUGAUUUACCAGGAUGGCUGAACAUCUGCCUGCAGUGGGAAGCAGUGAAUGGGUUUCUUUUGCUUUGCUUGGGUGCACAGCUUUUGCUUUACCUGUUAAACUGCUUUUAUCUCAACCUGCAAGUUUUUGCACUUUCACCCUUUUAAUUCUUCUCCCCAUCCUGCUGCUGGGGGGUGAACAAGUGGCUCCAUGGAGCUGAGCUGCCCAUAAGGGCCGACCCACAACGCUCUCCCCUAAGCAAGCAGACGUGUGAAGUGGGGCCAGUGUGGAGCUAUUAAUUCAGCAUCCUUCCCUAGCUAACUAAUUUUGCAUCAGCUGCCUUACCUUCACUGCUUCCAGUCUCAGAGCAGCCUAGUCCCACGUGAAGCCAAGCAUUUCUGUACAGCACCGUGUUUUUCUGCGUAACCAAACCUGACAAUUCAUGUACAACAACCCAGGAGAGAUCAAUGAAUCAAUUGUGAAAGUGUAAAAAAUGGCCUUUUGUGAUUUGUGGGCUCUACCAGCUUCUGAUCAAGGAAUUGCACAGUUGACGUCUAUAAUGUAACAGGAGAAAGAAGUCUAUUGAACGUGACCCCCCCCUGCCAGCAGCAACUGACACUGUGCCAAGAGUAACCCUAGAAAUUCUUCGUUAAACAGCACAUUGGCUCAUGUUCUGCCAAGAAACUCAAGGAAAGCAACCCUAUACCUUGCUAAUCUCUGAAUCUUGAUAAGCACUGGAGCUGGGGCUGGCCUGCGGAAGGUGUGAUUUAAAAAGAAAUGCUGUCUGUUUGGACACUCUGAAGACAUAGCAGUGUAGGUCUUUUAAUUUGAAAGAACCUUGUUAGCUUGACACAGAGAUCUGUUAUUUCCGGCUUAAGCCAAAUGAACAAGAAGGUUGUCUCAAGCCUUAAAGCAUCCAUAGUGGCAUCUCCAAAUGCGACCUGAGGGGUAGUUUUCCGUGUUUUCUUCCUGGCUGGGAGAUGGCACGGCGCAGGUCAGAAAGGCAAUGUCUCAUUUUCAGCCUUUGCCUGGGACUCAUCUUCCUGUCAGGAUUCUUCCAUAUGAAGAACAAAAAGUACGUAAUCUCGAAGAGCCCCAAGGAGCUGCUGAUGUCUUCCAUGCCUUGCCGUGCCAAGACUAACGUCAUGUUCCUCAAGACUCACAAGACAGCCAGCAGCACCGUCCUGAACAUCAUGUUCAGGUUUGUGGAGAGGUACAAUCUCACCGUCGCCCUCCCAGCUGACCAGCUAGUCCACCUGGGCUACCCAAAGACCUUCCUGGCCCACUUUGUGGAGGACUUUGAAACCAUAGGACAAAACUACAACAUCAUGUGCAACCACCUGCGGUUCAACCCCUCGGAGGUGCGGAAGGUGAUGGCAGAAAACACCUUCUACUUCUCCAUCCUGAGGAACCCCAUUCCUCUGUUGGAGUCUUCCUACAUCUACUACAAGGACACUGUCCCUGCCUUCAGGAUCUCCAAGAAUGUGAAUGUGUACCUGGCAUCACCCCUGGAGUAUUACUAUCCAGAGAAUUACAAGCAAAAUAUCUACGCCAGGAAUAUCAUGUGGUUUGACUUUGGCUACGACAACAACGCAGUGGCCAACGAAAAGUACGUCCAGGCAGUCUUGAAGGAUAUUGAAAAGAACUUCCAUCUGAUCUUGAUAGCAGACUACUUUGAUGAAUCCAUGAUCCUCUUGAAGCACACUUUGUGCUGGGAUCUGGAUGAUGUGAUUUACUUUAAGCUCAAUUCCAGAAGCCAGGACACCGUCCAGACCUUGACUCCAGAAAGCAAGGAGCGGAUAAAAACGUGGUGCUCACUGGACUGGAAACUCUACCUGCAUUUCAACCAGAGCUUCUGGAACAGAAUUGAGGAGACCAUAGGACUCACGCUGUUGGAGAAGGAGGUGAAUCUCCUGCGAACGAGACAGAAGGAGCUCAUGGAGACCUGUCUCUUGGACCAGGAGGCAGUGGGAAAGGAUUACAUCAAGGACAAAGCUCUCCUGCCUUUCCAGUCAGGGUCUGCAAAUAUCCUUGGGUACAACCUCAGACAAGACUUAGACAACAGGACUCUGAGAACCUGCCAGAAGAUGGUUAUGCCAGAGCUCCAGUACACAUCCUACCUUUACAGUCUUCAACACCCACACAAGAAGAGGAAGCGGUUAGGCUUGCCCUCGCUGUGGACCAGUUCUCAGGAGAAGAUGCAGCUCUCAACACCCAACUAGGACACGGGGCAACCCGCUGCGAUUUCCCACCACUGUGCAUCACCCUAUAUCUGGCAUGUGACUGGCCCACAGGACUCUUGCGUAUGAGGGGGACGCAGGGUGGGGACUUUCUUUGGGGCCACUCAGCUGGUGGUGGGUCCCUUUUUGGGGACCUCGAGCCAAACACUCUGCACGGGCCAGAUCCUGUCCCGCUGCUGCUGAGCACUGGGCAGGCAUUCAGCUGGCUUCAACAUUCCUGCCUUUUAAUCAUUAAUCACAGGCUUAAUAAUUUUGUUUGCA